GACAUGACUAUGUUGUUGAGACCAUUAGUGGGACAGGACAUGACUAUGUUGUUGAGACCAUUAGUGGGACAGGACAUGACUAUGUUGUUGAGACCAUUAGUGAGACAGGACAUGACUAUGUUGUUGAGACCAUUAGUGGGACAGGACAUGACUAUGUUGUUGAGACCAUUAGUGGGACAGGACAUGACUAUGUUGUUGAGACCAUUAGUGAGACAGGACAUGACUAUGUUGUUGAGACCAUUAGUGGGACAGGACAUGACUAUGUUGUUGAGACCAUUAGUGAGACAGGACAUGACUAUGUUGUUGAGACCAUUAGUGAGACAGGACAUGACUAUGUUGUUGAGACCAUUAGUGGGACAGGACAUGACUAUGUUGUUGAGACCAUUAGUGAGACAGGACAUGACUAUGUUGUUGAGACCAUUAGUGGGACAGGACAUGACUAUGUUGUUGAGAGACCAUUAGUGAGACAGGACAUGACUAUGUUGUUGAGACCAUUAGUGAGACAGGACAUGACUAUGUUGUUGAGACCAUUAGUGAGACAGGACAUGACUAUGUUGUUGAGACCAUUAGUGGGACAGGACAUGACUAUGUUGUUGAGAGACCAUUAGUGGGACAGGACAUGACUAUGUUGUUGAGAGACCAUUAGUGGGACAUGACAUGACUAUGUUGUUGAGACCAUUAGUGGGACAGGACAUGACUAUGUUGUUGAGAGACCAUUAGUGAGACAGGACAUGACUAUGUUGUUGAGACCAUUAGUGGGACAGGACAUGACUAUGUUGUUGAGACCAUUAGUGGGACAGGACAUGACUAUGUUGUUGAGACCAUUAGUGAGACAGGACAUGACUAUGUUGUUGAGACCAUUAGUGAGACAGGACAUGACUAUGUUGUUGAGACCAUUAGUGAGACAGGACAUGACUAUGUUGUUGAGACCAUUAGUGAGACAGGACAUGACUAUGUUGUUGAGACCAUUAGUGGGACAGGACAUGACUAUGUUGUUGAGACCAUUAGUGAGACAGGACAUGACUAUGUUGUUGAGACCAUUAGUGGGACAGGACAUGACUAUGUUGUUGAGACAGGACAUGACUAUGUUGUUGAGACAGGACAUGACUAUGUUGUUGAGACCAUUAGUGAGACAGGACAUGACUAUGUUGUUGAGACCAUUAGUGAGACAUGACUAUGUUGUUGAGACCAUUAGUGAGACAGGACAUGACUAUGUUGUUGAGACCAUUAGUGAGACAGGACAUGACUAUGUUGUUGAGACCAUUAGUGAGACAGGACAUGACUAUGUUGUUGAGACCAUUAGUGGGACAUGACUAUGUUGUUGAGACCAUUAGUGAGACAGGACAUGACUAUGUUGUUGAGACCAUUAGUGAGACAGGACAUGACUAUGUUGUUGAGACCAUUAGUGAGACAGGACAUGACUAUGUUGUUGAGACCAUUAGUGGGACAUGACUAUGUUGUUGAGACCAUUAGUGGGACAGGACAUGACUAUGUUGUUGAGACCAUUAGUGGGACAGGACAUGACUAUGUUGUUGAGACCAUUAGUGGGACAGGACAUGACUAUGUUGUUGAGACCAUUAGUGAGACAGGACAUGACUAUGUUGUUGAGACCAUUAGUGAGACAGGACAUGACUAUGUUGUUGAGACCAUUAGUGAGACAGGACAUGACUAUGUUGUUGAGACCAUUAGUGAGACAGGACAUGACUAUGUUGUUGAGACAGGACAUGACUAUGUUGUUGAGACCAUUAGUGAGACAGGACAUGACUAUGUUGUUGAGACCAUUAGUGAGACAGGACAUGACUAUGUUGUUGAGACCAUUAGUGAGACAGGACAUGACUAUGUUGUUGAGACCAUUAGUGGGACAGGACAUGACUAUGUUGUUGAGACCAUUAGUGGGACAGGACAUGACUAUGUUGUUGAGACCAUUAGUGGGACAGGACAUGACUAUGUUGUUGAGACCAUUAGUGAGACAGGACAUGACUAUGUUGUUGAGACCAUUAGUGAGACAGGACAUGACUAUGUUGUUGAGACCAUUAGUGGGACAGGACAUGACUAUGUUGUUGAGACCAUUAGUGGGACAGGACAUGACUAUGUUGUUGAGACCAUUAGUGGGACAUGACUAUGUUGUUGAGACCAUUAGUGGGACAGGACAUGACUAUGUUGUUGAGACCAUUAGUGAGACAGGACAUGACUAUGUUGUUGAGACCAUUAGUGGGACAGGACAUGACUAUGUUGUUGAGACCAUUAGUGAGACAGGACAUGACUAUGUUGUUGAGACAGGACAUGACUAUGUUGUUGAGACAGGACAUGACUAUGUUGUUGAGACCAUUAGUGGGACAGGACAUGACUAUGUUGUUGAGACCAUUAGUGGGACAUGACUAUGUUGUUGAGACCAUUAGUGGGACAGGACAUGACUAUGUUGUUGAGACCAUUAGUGGGACAGGACAUGACUAUGUUGUUGAGACCAUUAGUGAGACAGGACAUGACUAUGUUGUUGAGACCAUUAGUGAGACAGGACAUGACUAUGUUGUUGAGACCAUUAGUGGGACAGGACAUGACUAUGUUGUUGAGAGACCAUUAGUGGGACAGGACAUGACUAUGUUGUUGAGACCAUUAGUGAGACAGGACAUGACUAUGUUGUUGAGACCAUUAACAGGACAUGACUAUGUUGUUGAGACCAUUAGUGAGACAGGACAUGACUAUGUUGUUGAGACCAUUAGUGAGACAGGACAUGACUAUGUUGUUGAGACCAUUAGUGAGACAUGACUAUGUUGUUGAGACCAUUAGUGGGACAGGACAUGACUAUGUUGUUGAGACCAUUAGUGGGACAGGACAUGACUAUGUUGUUGAGACCAUUAGUGGGACAGGACAUGACUAUGUUGUUGAGACCAUUAGUGGGACAGGACAUGACUAUGUUGUUG